AUGAAAUUCAUUUCUGUUGCUGUUGCAUCAGCAUUGGUGCUUUCCUCUGCUGUGGUGGAUGCCAAAACAUGGUUGUUCCCUAUCCCCCAAUCUAUUGAAUGGACCGGCUCUACAGCAGCCCUUGCCCGUAACUUCAAGAUCCGUGGUGCUCAACAUGACCAUGUACAAUCGGCUGCCCAACGCUAUGUGAACCUCAUUUACAAGGAAAAAUGGACACCUGUGCAAGUAGCCUAUGACAAUGAAACAUUGUCAGAUGCCAAGGACGCAUUGUCUAGCUUGGAUAUUUCCGUCAAGGACAACAAUGUGGCAUUGGACUUUGGUGUGGAUGAAUCGUAUACCUUGGAUGUUCCUUCAUCAGGUGGCAAGGCUUCUUUGUCCGCUGCUACAUGGGUGGGUGCGUUGCGUGGUCUUGAAACCUUCUCGCAGUUGGUGGUAUCAUCCUCUUCCAACAAAAAGGGCAACUUGGUGGUACAUACGGCACACAUUGAAGAUCAGCCUUCUUUCCCACAUCGUGGUGUCAUGUUGGAUACAGCUCGCAAUUACUUUCCUGUGGAUGAUAUCUUGCGUACCAUUGAUGCCAUGUCCUAUAACAAGAUGAAUGUCUUCCAUUGGCAUGCAACCGAUGCACAAUCAUGGCCGCUUCAAUUCAAGUCCCACCCGGAAUUACACGAGACUGGAGCUUAUUCGUCAAGUGAAGUGUAUACUCCCGAGGAUGUCCAAAAGAUCAUCGGCUAUGCUCAAGCACGUGGUGUUCGUGUUGUACUCGAAAUUGAUAUGCCCGCCCAUACUGGUAUCAUUGCAGAGUCGCAUCCCGAUUACAUCAUUGGUUACGACCACUUUUGGAAUGGUAUUGCUGCCGAACCACCUUCUGGCCAAAUUGAUUUAUUGAGUGACGACGCAUGGCAAUUGGUCAAGGAUAUCGUCAAGGAAGGCACUGAACGCUUUGCAGACUCGUUUUAUCAUACCGGUGGUGAUGAAAUCAAUGCAAAGGCCUAUGAGCUUAGUGAAGAUUUCGUAAAGUAUACCAAGGAACACAACAUGACAACCAAUGAAGUAUGGUUUGAAUGGACCAACAAGCUUGUCGAUUACGUCAACAAGGAUCUCAAGAAACGCCCUGUGAUGUGGGAGGAUCCAAUUCGUGAUGGUGGCGAGGUAUCCAAGGAAACCGUUGUUCAAGUGUGGACCGCUCCACCCCAAAAUUACACUCGAAUUGGUCAUGAUGUAAUCAUUUCUACAUCGGAUUACUUUUAUCUUGAUUGUGGCAAUGGAGGUUGGCUAGGCAACGAUGAUCGCUAUGUCAGCCCUACUCAACAACCAACCGAUGAAGACACUUUGAACUAUGGAGGCAAUGGAGGCUCAUGGUGUGCUCCCUACAAGACUUGGCAACGUAUGUACACCUUUGAUCCCAACUAUGAUAUUCCCGAGGAUUCUCCUGGAAAGAUUCUUGGUAUUGAAGUCGCCUUUUGGACCGAACAAGGAGGACCCAGCGUAUUGGAUAGCAAGCUUUGGCCACGUAGUGGUGCUGCUGCUGAAAUCACAUGGUCGGGUGCUUAUGACAAGGAUGGUAACCGCCGUACACUUCGUGAUGCUCUUCCUCGUAUCAGUGAUUGGGGCUAUCAUUUGGCUGCUCGUGGAAUUGCUACCCAACCCCUUCAACCAAGAUGGUGUCUUCGUCAUCCAGAGAUGUGCAACCUCAAUGAUCCUUCCUCCUCUGAUAAUUAA